UGUGAUAAAACACUUCCCCGGGGUGCUACUGGCUCCUGCACCCCCAACGCACUCUGCAUUGUACAGUACACAUUGUAGUGGGUAGGAGGGUAAUGCUCGCUGGGCACCGACCUCGCCCAUCAUCACCCUUGUGACGCCCCCUCCUCGCUGCAGCUGCUGCCCUCACUUCCGGUGCCCGGGGCCGCCGUGUCGUCGCGUGGAGUGACGUGACGGGAUGUUCUGUCACGGUGCGGGGACUCUGCGCUGGUGAUCUCCCUGCAGUGACGGAGCCCGGUGAUCGGUACACGGGGGGCAAGAGGGAGGUGCUGACACUUAGCCGGGGGUUAUGCGGACGGCAGCCUGAGCGCUGCCACUGACAGGAGACCGGGGGACGUCAUGUCUGAUCCCAACAGCAGUGUGUCCCUGCAGCAGAUGCUGGACCGGAGUUGCUGGGUAUGUUUUGCCACAGAUGAAGAUGACCGGACAGCAGAAUGGGUGAGGCCAUGCCGGUGCAGAGGGUCUACCAAAUGGGUGCAUCAGUCAUGUCUCCAGCGGUGGGUAGACGAGAAACAGAGGGGAAACAGCACAGCCAGAGUCGCAUGUCCUCAGUGCAAUGCAGAGUAUUUGAUAGAAUUCCCAAACCUUGGCCCGGUUGUUUAUAUGUUAGACCUCGCAGACAGGCUGAUAUCCAAAGCAUGUCCUUUUGCUGCAGCCGGAAUAAUGGUGGGAUCGAUUUAUUGGACUGCUGUCACAUACGGAGCAGUGACUGUAAUGCAGGUUGUUGGCCACAAGGAAGGUCUAGAUGUGAUGGAACGGGCAGAUCCUCUGUUCCUGCUGAUUGGUCUUCCCACCAUACCCGUCAUGCUGAUUCUUGGCAAAAUGAUCCGCUGGGAGGACUACGUGCUCAGGCUGUGGCGUAAAUACUCCAACAAAUUACAAAUACUUAACAGCAUAUUUCCAGGAAUCGGAUGUCCAGUCCCUCGGGUACCUGCUGAAGCCAACCCACUGGCAGACCAUGUCUCUGCUACCCGCAUACUCUGCGGAGCUCUAGUCUUUCCCACCAUUGCUACAAUAGUUGGCAAACUGAUGUUUAGCAGUGUUAAUUCCAACCUGCAAAGGACAAUUCUGGGUGGGAUUGCUUUUGUUGCCAUAAAAGGAGCUUUCAAGGUGUAUUUCAAACAGCAGCAGUUCUUACGCCAGGCUCAUCGGAAAAUCCUGAACAACCCAGAGCCAGAGGAAGUAUAAUCCGUGGAAAAGUCUGCGCGUCGUACAGUAUCAUCCGCAAGGCUGCAGUGUGUUACAGUAACUCCCCGCCAUCGCACAGUCCUGGGAAUGGUCAACGAGUUGCUGCCCUUCUCUUUCUAUAACACACAAUAAAGCACUUUUGUAUGGCAGGAUUCUUAAGAUUCAUUGGAUCGCAGGAUGUUUCCUUACCCUGCUGUAGACGUUCUUAAUAUUGUGUCAUUUGAACCAUUUUAUUUUGCAUCUCACAUGCUGGUUGUAGAACCCCCCCUUAGAAAUAUGUUUGCCAGAAGGAUAAAACGCAAGCUUUACAGAAGAAGUAGUGGAAUGCCAUUUCUAUGGUUUGAACGCACUUGCACUAUGGCUUAAUCUUAGGGAAUAAAGGUGAGAUUGUCUUUUUUUUUCAUUUCAUUUUCAUGCGUACACUGCUGCCAAAUGAGAACACUUCUUUCUGUUGGCGAUAUACGCCAUGGAGAAGAUAUGGUGAGUGUAGUACCAUGCACAAGUGUAAUAUUGAAGCCACAAAGCAAAUAUUCUGUUUUCUCUUGUAUCUUGUCAUUUUGUUUGAUUGGACGCCGUAACCAAAAGCGUAUUUAUAAUUGUUCUGCCUGAUUGGCUGUACAAAUAUUAGUGAUUUUGUUUCACUGUUCCAGGGAAUGUGGCCUGCCAUCUUGUUUCGUGCAGGAUUGGAGCGAUCUCCAGCCUUAUACUGCAUGUGCUUUUUCAAAGUAACACAGAUGUGUAUCCAAAAGCAGGCUUCAAUCUCUGUCAUUCUGUUUUUAAGAGAAUGGAACACUUAAUAAACAUGUAUAUUUUAGUAGUA